AUGUACUUUGCCACCAUCCUCGCCUCUGCCAUCGCCCUUGCAGGCGCUGCCUCGGCGGCUGCCAACCCUAACCACCGCUACGCCCAACUUCGUCUCUGGGGUGAGCCAGAGUGUGCAACCCUCAAUCUCGGAGAAGAAGGUAUCUACGGGGACCAGCUUGCCCAGUGCAACCCCCUGGAUGAGAACGAUGUCGUUCGAUCUGUGAGCUUUGAGGCUGCCGAUGCCGGAUGUACUUUGUACAUCUACAGCGAUCUGCAGUGUCACCUUAACAAGCAGGAGGUUACUGUUCAGACUUGCUUGAGUGGAUCGGCGUAUUACCGCAGCUACGAGCUCUUCUGUGAUGUUUAA